AGGACUGCAGUAUGGCUGAGUGAGAAAUACUAAGAGAUUAGAAAACAUAUUCUGGAAAGAAACUCAUCCAGGUCGCUAGAAAGACGCUGUAACUUGAUCUGAGAUGAGUGAUGUGAGUGAAGAGUCGCUGCUGGAUUAUUUCUACUCCACCGGAGGCAGCUCAGGCAGAGUCAAAAAUGCAGAUAUACUGAAGACAUUUAAGCCCUUUAUUGGCCACAAUGAUUUGCAGUUACGUGCAAAAUACAGAGAGGAAUUCAAGCUCAUCAUUGACCGGAUCGCUGUGGUGAAGUCAGAGAAUGGUGAGAAAUAUCUUGUUCUCAAGAAGAAAUACAGACAAAUACUGCAAGAGCGAGACACCAAAAAUCAUGGCAUGGACGGGGACAGUCAGAGACAUUCGAGCCCCGCCAGAGCUCCGGCAACGGUUCAGUGGGACAGGACGGAUGGCUCAACUUCUUCUCACCAGGAUGAGCCGAUGUCAUGUGGAGAAGCUGAGGACCAGCACUCAGGAACAGCAGUCAUGCAGGACGAUGUACUCCAACAUCAUGUCAUCCAGAACCAGGAUCCCUCAGGACAAAGCAACAGGGACGAUGAGCUGGACAAAGACUCAGGGUCAAAGUCCGAGUCGGAGCAAGACGAGGAGAGUACGGGCAGUAUGGGCUCUGCUGCUGUCGCUCUGGAUCCUAUAGAGAAGGAGUGGAUCUACUCCGCUGCAGGUGCUCGAGUCCCUGACCUCUCUCAGCUGCUCAGACAGGACCCCUCGCUGGCAAACAAGAAGGACUUUCUUCUGUUUACAGCUCUGCACUGGGCUGCCAAACAUGGCAACGAGGCCAUGGCUGCUCUGGUGGCCAAUGCAGGUGCUGAUGUCAACACCAAAUCAGUGAGUGGAUAUACACCUUUACACAUUGCAGCGUUACAUGGUCAUCGGCAUAUUCUAGACCUGCUCAUAGUGACUUAUGGAGCCAAAGAAAACUUAAGGGACUACAGUGGCCAUUUUGCCUGCCAUUAUCUCAACAUCAAAGACGCAGAGGGUCCAGAGGAAGACGGCGAGAUGCAGUUUCAAGUCACUCAGGCCAGAGAACGGAACAGAAACAGGAAGUUGGCGUCGUUGUUCCAGUCCAAGAAGAAGUGGGGCUCAGCAGAGGAGCUGGCUCCGAUAGAGGAGGAGAGGACGGCGUCACAUCAGCUCAUCCUUCCUGCUUUCAGACCCAGAAAAUUCUCCCGCUGAGAAAAAACACACAGCUGUCCUACUGCACACUAACACAUUAAGUCCUUACAUGCAUAUAUAUGUACACACAGAAUGUAAACCUACAUGUAUAUACAAUGGAAGUGUGUAUAUUUGUUCUAUACACACACACAGAAACUUAAACUAACAAUCAAACGAUUGCCGAUGCACCUGAACAGCUCAAGUACUGAACACAGACGCUUUAACGUUGAAUAGGAGGUUUUGCAGGUUAUGUUCUGCAUAUAUGUGUAUUAUCAAUAUUUAUGCCUACCAUAAAAGUAUUUCUUGAAGCCUUUACAUUUUAAUGAAUGUUGCCAAAUGCUACUUAUGCAUUUAAAUGUCACAAAUGCUCAGGUCACAUGGACUCUUUCAGCUUGUUUAAAAGUAAACAACAUCUAAACUGUAAAAGUGUCCAGAAAUUUACAUUCAGUUUGAAGGAAUUAAAGGAUAAGUUUAAAUAUAUAUUUUAUUAAAAUUAAUAUUAGAAUUUUCUUUGUGCACUGGUGGUCUUUUAUGUUUUGGCCCUUUAAAAAAUUAAGCAUCAUAUCAAGUUGCUCAACUACACAGAUGUUGAUUUAAAUGAAUGUCUGUAUGGUAUUAUAAUCAAUUAGAGGCACUGUUGGUGAU